CUGUUUUGUUCCUCCUCUCCAGGGACCCUGGCCAUGGACCAGCCAGCUGGCCUGCAAGUGGACUACAUCUUCCGGGGUGUGGAGCAUGCUGUGCGGGUGGUGGUUUCGGGGCAGGUGCUGGAGCUGGAGGUGGAGGACCGGAUGACCGCUGACCAGUGGCGUGGCGAGUUCGAUGCCAGCUUCAUUGAAGAUUUGACUCACAAGACGGGGAACUUCAAACAGUUCAGCAUUUUCUGUAACAUGCUGGAGUCGGCCCUCACCCAGAGCAGUGAGUCCGUCACCCUGGACCUGCUCACUUACACAGACCUGGAGUCCCUGCGGAGCCGCAAGCUGGGGGGCCGCCCGGGCACCCUGGCCCCCAGGUCGGCACAGCUCAACUCCAAGCGCUACCUCAUCCUCAUCUAUUCCGUGGAGUUUGACAGGAUUCAUUACCCGCUGCCCCUCCCGUACCAGGGCAAGCCGGACCCUGUGGUCCUGCAGGGCAUCAUCCGCUCACUGAAGGAGGAGCUGGGCCGCCUUCGCGGGCUGGAUGGCGGCCAGGACGCUCGUGAUACUCGUGAUACUCGGGAGACAGAGAUCUGGCACCUGAGGGAGCAGGUGACCCGCCUGGCAUCAGAGAAGCGCGAGCUGGAGGUGCAGCUGAGUCGCUCCAGAGAGGAGGCACUGGCCGGGCGGGCUGCUCGCCAGGAGGCCGAGGCACUGCGCGGGCUGGUGCGGGGCCUGGAGCUGGAGCUUCGGCAGGAGCGUGGCCUCGGGAGCAGGGCUGCGAGUCGUCGCAGCCAGGAUUGCCGCCGCCUGGCCAAGGAGCUCGAGGAGGUGAAGGCCUCUGAGCGUAGCCUGAGAGCUCGGCUGAAGACGCUCAACACUGAGCUGGCCAUGUACAGAAGGGGGAGACGCACUCUGCCUGCGCCGGUUCCAGGCCGGGGGGAUCGAGCUUCGUCGUCCCGGGAGCGCUCCACGUCUCGCGGCCGCGCGGCCACUCGGUCCUCGUCGCGGGAGAGCGGUCGUGGGGCCAGGGGUCGCGGCCAGCCAGCACGCCCCUCGCCUUCGCCCACAGGUGGUCGUGCGCCCCGUUUUGACCCCACAGCCUUUGUGAAAGCCAAGGAGAAGAAGCAGAGAGAGAUUAGGAUGAAGCAGCAACAGCAGCGGAACCGAAUGGGCAGUGGAGGAAGCGGGGACGGUCCGUCCGUCUCAUGGUCUCACCAGGCUCGGCCCGCUGCUGCUGUGACAGGUCGAGGGGACGCCGCCAACCGCUCACGAAACCGCAGCUCCUCGGUGGACAGUUUCCGCAGCCGCUGCUCGUCGGUUAGCUCCUGCAGCGAGCUGGAGGAUUUCUCUGAGUCGGUUUCCAGGAGCCGUCGCUGCCGUGGCCGUGGGAAACCACCCAGCCCCACACCCUGGAGCGGGUCCAAGACGAAGUCUACCACCCGAGAACGCAGCAAUCACCAGAGACACCUGACCAGUUCUGGGGGCUGGGUCCCCAUCAAAGAGUACAGCUCUGACUACCAGGGAGCUGACAUGGCCGAAAUAGAUGCCCGCCUGAAGGCUUUGCAAGAAUACAUGAACAGACUGGACACGCGGUCAUGACCCUGGAGAGGUGGUACCCCGAUUUCCCAUUCUACCUUCAGGGGUUCUGGUGUGGAGGUGGCACCUCUCCCAUGCUCCACACCUCUCGGUGCUCCUGGAGUCUCAGGUGUGUGAAGACCUGACUCCCCCCUCUCUCCCAAUAAUGCAUUCUAGGAGAAGAGGCUCUGUGUAUUUUGUAAAUAAAUGUGGUUGUUCUUG